AUGAGAAUCCAAAUUUUUCUGCUAUUUUUUUGGACAAUUUUCAGCAGCAAAGUUCGGACUCAAAAUUUAGCCAAACCUAUUUAUCAAUAUUUGAAAGGUGAGUCCAAAAAUUUAUGACAAUUUUGAACCUGAAUACGGUAUGUUUUGGCGGCAAAAUGAAAUAGCCUCGAUCGAUAAUUUCAUUUUGAAUAUACGUCUCUUUCCCUUCUCUCUCUAACCCUCUCCUCAUUUUCCAUACUCUCUCAUCUACUCUGCUUCUCUAACCUCUCUCUCUCUCUCUCUUCUUUUUUUAUAUGAUUUUUGGAACUAAAAUAUAUCAAAUUUGGUAUCAAAAUGUAGCCAGUGAUUUUCUGAACAUUUUGAAACCAAAUUUGAAAUGUUUCGCCUCCAAAAAUUAUCAAAAAAUAUUCAAAUUUGAUGCCGAAAUUCCCCAAAUCCUCCAGAUCUCUGUCCCACCGGUCAACUUCCGCUAACUGGCUCAAAAACCGUCAAAACCUGCGCUACAAUUUGCCCGCUGGGCGCAAUUUGCUACAAGGGAAUUUGUUGUGUCCAACAGCCGCAGUGUCGACAUCCCAAGUUCAGGUGAGCUUUUUUCGCGCGCCAAAAACCCUACAGUAUCCCUAAUUUUCCAGAAGCUCCACUGGUUUUGCCUGUCUUCCAAACGUCAAAAAUCACUGUCCCGACAAUUCGCAAUGUGUUUUGAGCACUCAAGAAGGAAUGAGCGUUUGUUGCGCGGCGAAAAUUAGCCAGGAGCCCAAGAAAUCCGCCACAAGGAAAAAUGCUCCGAGCCCGAGAUCAGAAAUCAUAAGUACGGUAGCAUCGGAGGCCACAAUUUGCCCGGUUUCUCAUCCGAUUAUUGCUCAUGAUGGAAAGAGUUUGAUUUUGUGCAAGGAUUGUCAUCAGGGGUAAGUGAAAUUUGCAGUUUUGGGGGUACUGUAGUGUUUUGUGAAUUUCAGAAUUCAGAAUCUUUGCUGUUAAAAAACAUGAAAUUUUUUUGAAACAGUGAAAUUUUUAUCUUAAAAUUUUUUUUAUUGAAAUUAGGCCGUAAAUUUUUGCAGCUCGGGUUACUGUAUAUUUAGUUAGAUUGAAUUUGAUCUAGGCUAGAAGCUAAAACUAAUCAACACAAAAUUAAAUAAAUUUCCAAAAAACUUUGAAACAGUGAAUUUUUUAAAAUAAAAAAACACAUAGUUUUAUUGGAAUUGGGCCCUACAGUAUCCCGAAUUGCAAAAAAACUGCACAUUUUUUGUAGUUUGGGUUACUGUAUCUCUAGAUUGAAUUUGGUAGAGCAGAAGAAAGUAUCAACACAAAAUCAAAAUUUUAGGAUUUUCAAAAUUUUUUGAAACAGUGAAAUUUUCAUCUUUAAAAAAGUUUUUCAAAAUUGAAAUUAGGCUCUACAGUACUCCCGAACUGCAAAAAAACAUGAAAUAUUCCGAAUUUUUGCAGUUCGGGGUACUGUAUCGCUAUAUUUCAAAUAAGAGAACUUGACUUGAAAUUGAAUCUAAAUAAAAAUUUUCAAAAAUUUCAAAAUUUUUUGAAACAGUGAAAUUUUUAUCUUUAAAAAAACUUUUUUCUAAAUUGAAAUUAGGCUCUACAGUACCCCGAACUGCAAAAAACUGUUAAUUUUUUGUAGUUUGUUGUACUGUAUUGUAUCUCCAAUUGAUUUAACAGAAUAAACCAAAAUUAAAAAAUUUUCAAAAAGUUUUGAAACAGUGAAUUUAAUAGUUCAAAAUUACCACUAAAAUUGAGCCCUACAGUACCCCAAACUGCAAAAAAAAAACAUGAAAUAUUCCGAAUUUUUGCAGUUCGGGGUACUGUACUUCUAUAUUUGAAUUAAGAGAACUUGACAUCAAAAAUGAAUAUUAAAAUUUUCCAAAAAUCUCAACAUUUUUUGAAACAGUAAAAUUUUCUAUAUAAAAACCUCAUGUUUUCAAGUCCUAUAAAACUGCAACUUUUUCAUAUUGAAAAAAAUCAAAUUCUUCAGCUCCUACAGUACCCCGAACUGCAAAAACUGCAAUUUUUUAUACAUAGUCAUAAAUUUCCCAAAAAAUCCCAAUUUUUUUCCCUACAGAAUCUGUGCGCGCUUCCGAAAAUCUCAAGUAGAAGUUUGCUGUCAGAGUUCGGACGACAUUUGUGGGCCCGGAAGUCAGGUGUUGAUGGAUGGAUUUGUGCCAAGAGAUUGUGGAAAGAAAUCGUGUGGAAAAGGGUGCGUUUUGGGAUGCCACGUGGCAAAAUAUGUAGAUUUGGAAAUUAAUUUUUUUUAA